AUGAGUGAUAACGAAAAUAAUCAUCAACAAGAUGAUAAUAAUUAAGAAUAAGUGGACUAAAAUUAGUCUUAAAAUGGUAUGGAAACCAAUACAAAUGGUAAUUAGGUAAAUGGCAACCAUGCAAACGGAGAAGAAAAUGAAGGCAAUAAAGAAUAAUACGAAGAUGUAGAAGAAGAAGUAGAAGAAAAUAUUCCUGCAGAAGAGCUUGAAGAGUUGAGAAAAGAAGCUGAAAAGAAUGGAAAAGACCCUUCUGAAGUUCCUUCUGUAAGAGUAGUUACAAAAAUGGUAAAGAGAUAAGUAGUUAAAUAAUAAUCUCAAGAUAGCAGCCAGCAAGACCAACAAAACAAAAGAGGAGUUUAAUAAAUUUCUUAAGAAACAAGGGAGAAAAUAACCUGGGUAAUGGAGUAAUUGGAAAAAGGUUUAAAUGCAUUUGAUGAGAAGCUAUGGAAUGAAGAACUUGACUACCAAAUCAGCUAAUUUUUUGGAGAUUAAUAACACAAGAAUAUUUAUUUCUGGGUAGAAAAAGAUGGACUCAAGUAUAACUUUGUAGAUCCUCCUAUUUUAACUGAAGAAUCUUAUGAUCCUGAUUUUUAUUUCUUCACUAAAUACCAAAAUGAACAUAUUGUCAAUUUUGAAGUUGGUAAUAUUGAUGAUUUUAUCACUCAUGGGUCAGUUUAAUAAAAUCACAUCUAGAGUCUUCUUAAAUUGAUGGAUGAUGUCUACAAUCCUUAAAUCUACACUGACACUGCUUGGCCAGAAAAUGUCAAGAAGGAGUUCAUUGCCUAACUUCACAAAUUUAUGGCUACUCUCACCGAGGCUUCCUAAUAAAAUGAAGGCUACACAAAACUUUAUAUUCCUAAAGAAGAUCUCAGUGAUACUUAGGCUACCUCUUUAGAUAAAGAUUUAAUUUAAAGAUUAGAAACUACUUUGAUUUAUUGGUACAGAUAAAUUAAAGAAAUUGUUAACAAUUAAGACUCCUAACAAGAUAAUGAAAAUGCAGGACCUCAAGAUGAAAUUAUUUACUGGAGAAGAAGAAAAAAUAAUUUAUAAAAUAUUUAAAGACAAUUGGUUAAUCCUGAUUUACAACGCAUCAUACAAAUAUUAAAAAUAGUUGAUAGUUCUUAUGUACCUUCCUUUGAAGAAUUAACUAAAAACAUAAACUCAGGAUCAGUUGAAGCAGAAAACAACUUAGAUUUCUUGAAUUCUCUUUUUGAUUCAUGCCGUUAACUUGAAAAGGCUACUCCUCGUGAAAUUCCAUCUAUUCUACCCUCUCUAUUGAACAGAGUUCGUAUGAUUUGGGAACAUUCUGAUUAUUACAAUUCAUAGGAGCGUAUUUCAGGUUUAUUGCACAAAAUUUCUAACGAAAUCAUUAAACGUUGCAAGUCUUAGAUCAACAUAUCUGAUAUGCUAGACGGAGAUGUAGAGAAGUGCAUUUAAGAUCUAAAAGACUCUAUUGAGUGUGGUAAAAAAUGGAAAAAAAUUUAUGAACGCACAUCUGCCUUGAUAAACAAGAAAAGAAAGGAAAAUGCUUCUAAGAGAGCUUGGGAUUUCAAUCACAAUUCAAUUUUCGCUCAAAUGGAAGCCUUUGUUUAAAGAUGCUCUGAACUUACUGAAAUUUGUGAAGGUUAAUUAUAAUUCGCUGCAAAAGGAUCUAACAGCUAAAUUCCUUAAUUUGGUGGUUCAAUUGGUCCAGAAAUUGAAAAUAUUUUAGAAGAAAUCAAAGAAAGCUUUAAGAAGCACAUAGAUAAAAUUAGAGCAACAGACAAAGACAAAAUUUUAGAUGUUAAAGCAUCUAACUGGCAUGACUUAUUCAAUAUGUUCAAGAAUGGCAUGAAAGAUCUUGAUAUUAUGUAUUAAAAUAUUAUCAAUACUGGUUUUGAACAAGUCUCCACUGUUUAGCAAGGUGUUGAAAUGCUUGAAGCAUUUGAUUACUUAGCUAAAAGAGAAAGUAUUAAAAUGGCUGUCAAAAAGAAAGCCACUGAAGUCAUCAACAUGUUCCUAUCCGAACUUGAUAAAGCUAAAUUAGAAUAUGAUAAUAUGAAGAAAAAUAUGCCUCUUUUAAACUUCCCCUUUCACCAUGGUAAGUACUCUGGCUAAGCAAUUUGGGUCAGAGCUUAAAUUCACAGAAUCCAAAAGAUGAAAGACUCUAUUGACAGACUCUUUUUCAUUGAUGAAGGAACAAAGAGAAUUGCAUAAGAAAAAUAUGAAGCCAUUCAUCUUACUUUUAAAUAAUUUAUCAUUAAUGUUAAGUUCAAAGAGUGGAAAGAAGAAAACAAAGAACUUGAAGAAAAGUCUUUGGGACAUGAAUUCUUGGAUAAGCCAGUCCUUUACAUGCCUGAACCUGACUAUCCAGAACUUAAAUAUAAGGAGAAUUUGAGAAGUAAAGAAGGUCACCUUGAGUCUAAAUUUAACAGAUAGCUCGAGAAGUUAAUGAGCGAAGUAGUGGCUUGGAAGAAAUUGAUUAACUUUGGUAUUGUUGUUCCUUCCUACGCAGAUGAAUUCACUACUUUACAUAGAGAAAACCUCAGAAUUCUAAAAGAAUACGUCAUGCUUGUUGUUAGAGAUUAAAAUAAAAUUAUUGAUUACAUGGAUCCUAUGGAAAAGAAUCUCUUUAAAGAUCACUACUCUUAAACUGAGAAGGUUAUCAAGCCAGGUACCAGCAAGUUGAAAUGGAGUUCUAAGGGUAUUUUAGAAAAUUUUGUGCGUGAUUGUAGAAAGAGCUGUAACGAAAUUUACAAUAAGUUAAAAAUGUUCAAGAGCAACACUGAGAAGAUUGAGUAAAAAUGUGUAGAAAUCGCCACAAGAAUUCUAAUUAAAAUUGAUAAAAAGCGUACAGUUGAAAUUAAAUAAUUUGAAGAAGAUCAAGAAAAGCACAGAAGAGAUAUGCAAAUUAAAAUCAAGAUUGCUUUAGAUGAAAUAAAAAGAAUUUUAAGUGAAACAUAUGAGUUCUUCUUGAAAGAUGGACCUGAAAUUUAAAAAGUCUGGUUCAAUUAUGUAGCUAUGAUUGAUAAAAAGAUAGAAGAAGCAUUGAAGAAAGCAAAUAAGAGCAGUUUAUUAGAAUUGUACAGAGUUAUUGGUGAUGAUAAAAACCCAGCUACUGCUAUUUUCAGAUUAUCUCAAGAAAUAGAAAACGGUUCUCCUGAAAAUGGAAAGACUCAACCUGUUUUAGUUUUUAAACCCUCAUAAAAUUACUUAAGAUAGAUGAUAUAGAUAACUAUAACCUUAAUGACUCAAAUAAUUCAAGACUUUAAGAGAAUGACUGUCAUUAUGAACUAGGAAAGAAAAGAUAAGCUAGAAGAACAACGUAUAUUAAAAGAAAAGGAAAUGAAAAACAAUCCUAUGAUGGCUCAGCGCAAAGGACCUGAAUAGGGAAUCACCUUUGAAGAAUAAAAUCAGAGAGAAGACUAUUUCUCUGCAAUUGCCAGUGAUUUAGAAAUUAAAAAAUAUACUGAAAGUAUUCUCAGCAAUUUGGAUAAAACCAUCCAAAAAUUGACAUCAGGUGAAUUGUAUGAUCCUUGGAAACAAAAAGAAUUCUUCUGGUAAGGAGAUGCUAGCAUGAAACACAAAUACUCCAAAUCCAUUUUAGACCAUGAUGAUGAAAUUUCAAAUAUCAGAGAUCACAUUGAAAAAUUCGAAAUAUCUGCCAGUGAUAUUCAAGCUCAAAAAACAACUGAUAAAUUAGAUUGCAUAGUUAUUGAUAACACAAAUAUUAAGAGCACAAUAGUUGAAGUUCUAAUUCAAUGGUAGAGUGCUUUGUUGAAUGCAGUCUAAGAAAAGGCUAUUAGUGAUUUAAAUUCUUUGCAUGCUUUGUUCCAAAAUAGUGAGGCUCACUUAGAACCCACUCCUUUAGAUAUUCACUAACUUAAGAAGAAUAUGGAAUCACUUGCAAAAUUAAAGAAAGACAAACCUGAUAUUGGUGAUAAAUUAUAGCCUCUUGAAGAAAAAUUCAAGUUGCUUGAAGAUUACCAAAUCAACUUAAAGGAAGAUGAAAUUUACAGAAAGAACACUCUUCGUGAUGCUUGGAUCAAGUUCGGAGAUAUGCUUGAAAGAAUGGAAAUUCGUAACUAAAAGGUUUAUAAUGAUCUUUAUCAAGACACCAUGAAAAACCUUGAUGAUUUCAUGAAGGAAGUUUCAGAUAAUAAAAUUACAUUUAUGGCAAAUGCUCCCUUCUAAGUAGGUAAUUUAACAAAUGAAAAGGCAUUCCAAAUGCUUAACGAGUAUAAAGAAAACGUAAGAGCCUUGAGAGAAAGAGAAAAAGAAAUGAGAUUCGGUUUUGAACUCUUUAAUAUCAAUUAUGCUCCUAGCUCUGAGCUAGAAAGCGUUGAAAAAGAAAUAGCUAACUUGCAAGAUGUCUGGAAAACUAAAGAUGACUGGGAUAAAGAAUGGGAAAAGAACAAACAUAUUAAGUUCCGCGAAUUUAAUAACGAAGAACUUGAUGAUUUGGCUGAUGAUUACUAAACCAAAAUCAAUUCAUAUCCUAAGGAAAUGAAAAAGUGGGAAGUUGUUAACUCUUUACGUAACAACGUAGAAUAAUUCAGAUAAACUCUUCCUUUAAUCAAGAUGUUAGGCGAAAAGUUCAUGCGUUAAAGACAUUGGGAUAAGCUUUAAAAAUAUUUACAAACUAUAUUAGAUUAUGAAAGUGAUUCCUUCACUUUAUAAGAAAUCUUUAAAAUUAAUUUAUUAACAUAUGCUGAUUCAGUUCGUGAAGUUUGCGAAGUUGCAAGAGAAGAAUAUAAAAUUGAGUCUGCUUUAGAAAAUAUCAAAAACAGAUGGUCUCGUCUUGAAUUAGUCAUGGAUGAACACAAGAAAGGAUACUAUAAAGUCAAGAAGGCUGAUGAUAUAUUCUCAGCUUUAGAAGAUGAUAUGGGUGUGCUUUCAGCAUAAAAAACAACCCUGUUCUAUGAAUCAUUCAAAACUGAUAUUGAACAAUGGGAAACUUGUCUUUAAAAUAUUUUAGAAACCCUCGAAGCUUUACUACAAGUACAACGUCAAUGGAUUUAUCUUGAGAGUAUUUUUGCUUCUCAACAAAAUGAACAAGAUAAAUAAUUGGUUGGUGAUAUUGCUAAAUUCGGUAAAAUUGAAAAGCAACUUUAAAAAUAUAUGGCAGAUAUUUAUGCAACCAAGAAUGCAAAACAAGCCUUGAGUUAAGAAGGUUUCUUAAACGAAUUGUUAGAAAUGAGCAAAAAGCUUGAUGAGAGUCAAAAGAUUCUUUUCUAAUUGCUUGAAAGAAACAGAAAGGAAUUCCCUAGAUUCUAUUUCUUGUCUAACGAUGAUUUGUUUGAAAUUUUAGGUAACUCUAAAGAUCCUAGCAAGGUCAACAAACAUAUCAAAAAGUGCUUUGAAGGUAUUAAAAAGUUGUAAAUCAAUACUGUUAUGGGUUAAAAUGUUAAGGGAAGACCUUAAGAGAAUCAUGAAGUCAUAACCAUGGUAUCUCCAGAUGGUGAAAAGGUUAAUUUAAGUAGCAAGGUAACAUGUGAAUUUGGUGUUGAGAAAUGGUUAAAAACAGUUGAGUAGCGCAUGUUUGAAACAUUAAAGAAAGAAUUAACCAAAACUCAUGCUGGUAUUAAAAAGAAAGAAGGUUAUAGAUGGGUUGAAAAAUGGAUUCCAAGCUGGCCUGGUUAGUUGCUGAUUGUUGCGUCUUAACUCCAUUGGACUCAGGAAUGUGGUGCAGUUUUGCAUAAUAUCAGUAACUCAGAAAAAUCUGAUAAGCACAAGGCUUGGAAGCCAGUUAAGGAUGAUAAAAAUCAUUUCCUUGCUGAAUUAACUAAGUUAGUUAGAAAGCCCUCGACCGAAACAGAUAGAUUAAAACUUAUUGCUUUGAUUACAAUUGAAGUUCACGCUAAAGAUAUUAUUGAAUCUUUAUAAAAAACUUGUUUCAGUGACACAGCUUUCGAUUGGUUAAAACAAUUAAGAUUCUACUAAAACAUUUAAGGUGACUGUAUGGAAGUUGAAAUCAAAUAAACUAAUACGAAAUUCCCUUACGGUUAUGAAUACCAAGGCAAUAAUGGUAGAUUAGUCAUUACUGCUUUGACAGAUAGAUGUUACAUGACUUUAACUACUGCUAUGAAACUUAAUAAGGGUGGUGCUCCAUAAGGACCAGCUGGUACUGGUAAAACUGAAACCGUUAAAGAUCUUGGUAAAGGUAUGGGUAAAUUCGUACUUGUCUUUAACUGUUCAGAAGGUCUUGAUUACAAGUCAAUAGGCAGAAUGUUUUCAGGUCUUAUUCAAACAGGUGGUUGGGGUUGCUUUGAUGAGUUUAAUAGAAUUGAAGUAGAAGUACUUUCUGUCGUUGCUCAAUAAAUGCACUCUAUCAUGAAUGCCUUAAGAAAAUUAGGAGAAGACCGCGAACAAAAUACUUUUGAAUUCGAAGAAGAAGUUAUUUCAAUUAAUGAUUAAUGCGCUAUUUUUAUUACUAUGAAUCCUGGUUAUGCUGGUAGAUCUGAACUUCCUGAUAACUUGAAAUCAUUGUUCCGUCCUAUUUCUAUGAUGGUUCCAGAAACAACCAUUAUUUGUGAAAUUAUGCUUCAAUCAGAAGGUUUUAAGAAUGGUAGACCUUUGUCAAUUAAGAUGGUUACAUUAUAUAAUUUGAUGACUCAACAAUUAUCUAAAUAAGAUCACUACGACUUUGGUCUCAGAGCUAUUAAGUCAGUCUUGAACUGCGCUGGUGCAAUUCGUAGAAAUGAUAGCAACUCUGAUUAAGCAGGAAACAGAGACAGAGAACGUGAAAAGGAAGCUGAAAGUGAAGAAAACAUGAAAGAAUAAAAGAUUCUUAUGAGAGCUAUUUAUGACAUGAACAUGCCAAAAUUCGUUCAAGAAGAUAUUUUCCUCUUUAACGCUCUUUUUAAUGAUCUUUUCCCCAAUACUGAUCUCCCUGAAUCAGAGAACACUAAGCUUUAUGAGGCUAUUGAGGCUGAAAUGAGAAACGAAAAACUUAUACCUAAAGUCGAAAUGAUCAAUAAGUGCAUUUAACUUUAUGAUUCCAAAAACACUCGUCAUGGUAAUAUGCUUGUCGGUAAAUCUUUAUCUGGUAAGACUACAACCUGGAAGAUGUUACAAAAAGCAAUGAAUUCUUUAAACAAAUAAAUGACUUAAGGAGAUAAAUAAGGCUAAGUUCCUUUCCCUGCUGUAAGAACUGAAGUUUUGAAUCCUAAGACUGUUACUCUUAAUGAACUUUUUGGUUUUGUUGACCACUCAACUUUGGAAUGGAAUGAAGGUGUUUUAUCAAGCAUGAUGGCUCGUUUGUGUAAAGAUGAAUCUCUUGAUUAGAGAUGGAUGAUCUUGGAUGGACCUGUAGAUACUCUUUGGAUUGAAUCUAUGAAUACUGUCUUGGAUGAUAAUAAAGUUUUAACUUUAUUGAAUGGUGAUCGUAUCAGUUUACCUUAAUAAGUAGGUUUAGUUUUCGAAGUAGAAGAUCUCUCUGUUGCUUCUCCUGCUACUGUUUCUCGUGCUGGUAUGAUUUAUAUUGAUCCUAAUGAUUUAGGUUGGAGACCAUACAUAGAAGCAUGGAUUGGCAGAAUGAAAGAUCCAGAUGUUUAAGAUUUCUUCUAUGAUCUUGUUGAUAAGUGGAUUAUGAGAUUAUUCAAAACUCGUUCGAUGUGCAAGGAAUUGGUACCUUGUUCUGAUAUAAAUAUCGUUAUUGCACUUUGCAGGCUUAUGGAUUCUUUCAUCAAGAUGGAAAGUCAAACUAUUGGUCUUGAAAUCCCUACCAAAAACGAAAUCUAUUACGCCCUACUUGAAAAGUGGUUUACUUUCGCUUUGAUUUGGUCAUUUGGUGCUUCAGUAGAUGAAGAUGGUCGCAAGCUAAUUGACUAUCAUAUGAGAGAUAUCGAAAGUAUCUUCCCUCACUCUAACACUGUAUAUGAUUAUUACAUUAAUGUUGACAAAAAUGAAUGGGCUUCAUGGGAAGAUAAGAUCAAUGCCAGUGUAUGGAAACCAGGCCCUAAUAUGCCAUAUCAUAAAAUGUUAGUCCCAACAGUUGACAGUGCAAGAAAUAGAUUUGUAAUUUAGACAUUGUUAAAAAAUAAAAUAAAUAUUCUUGUUGUUGGUAAUACUGGUACUGGUAAGACUGCUGUUAUUAAUGGAAUUCUUUCAGAAUUGGACGAUUCUUACACUUCCAUGAAUAUUGUUUUCUCUUCCUAGACAAAUUCUUUGAAAACUCAAGAUAUGAUUGAGUCCAAGCUUGUUAGAAGAACUAAAUAUAAAAUGAUUCCUGAUGGUAAGAAGAUGGUUAUAUUUGUUGAUGAUCUCAACAUGCCCAGAAAAGACACUUUUGGUAGUCAACCUCCUCUUGAACUCUUUAGAUAAUGGAUGGACUACGAAGGCUGGUUCGACAGACAAUCUAGAGAUCUCUUUAAAUAGAUUCUUGAUAUCUAAUUCAUAGCAGCUAUGGGUCCUCCAGGUGGUGGUAGAGCUCAAAUUUCAAAAAGAACUCAAGGAAAAUUCAAUCUAAUUAACUUCACAUUCCCUACUGAUAACUAAGUGAGAAGAAUCUUCUAGUCUAUUCUUAACCACAAGUUCCAUGAAUUUGAAGAAGAAAUUAAACCUUUAGCAGAACCUGUUGCUUAGGCAACUUUGAACUUGUUUAGAACUGUUUCUGAAAACUUCCUUCCUACUCCUAAGAAAUCUCACUAUGUCUUUAACUUAAGAGAUAUUUCCAAGGUUAUCUAAGGUGUCUAUAUGCUUGAUAGAUUCUAUUGUGAUUCUAAAAUGACAAUUUUCAGACUUUGGGUGCACGAAUGCUUAAGAGUUUUCCAUGAUAGACUUAUUUCAUUCGAAGACAGAUUCUAAUUAAAGAAAUUGAUUUCUGAUUAACUUGAAUAAACCCUUGGAUCUAAUAUGAGAGAAUGCACUAAUGAAGAAGAGUUGGACACUAUCUUUGUUGAUUUUAUGGAAGAAUCUGGUGGUAAACCUAUUUAUAUUGAAAUAGGCUACAAAGAUCGUGCUUAAUUAAAGCAAACUGUUGAAUAAAAGUUAGAUGAUUUCAAUAAGAAUUAAAGAUCUCCUAUGCCUAUUGUUCUUUUCGAAGAAGCUAUUUCUUAUGUUUGCAAAAUCCACAGAAUUGUAAAAUUAGGAAAAGGUCAUGGUAUGCUUGUUGGUGAAGGUGGUUCAGGUAGACACUCUCUCACUCGUUUAGCUGCUUUCAUCGCUGGCUACUCUCUUUGGUAAAUUGAAAUAUCUAGAAAUUACAGAGUUAAAGAAUUUAGAGAUGAUAUUAAGCGUUGGGCUGAAGAAGCAGGUUACAAAGGAAAAAGCGGUGUUUUCUUGUUUAGUGAUAACUAGAUUAUUAAUGAAGGUUUCAUUGAAGAUAUCAACAACAUUCUAACUGUAGGAGAAAUUCCUAAUUUGUUCAGUCAAAAGGAUGACUAUCCCCAAAUUAAAGAAAAAAUGAGAAAAGAAUAUAUUAAGCAUCACAAUUUAGAAAAAGACGCUCGUAUUUUUGAUGAAGAUUUGAUUGAUUUCUUCUUCACUCGUGUCCAAAAUAACUUCCAUCUUAUGUUAUGUAUGAGUAAAACAGGUGAUUCACUCCGUAACUACACAAGAAUGUAUCCUGGUUUAGUAAACAAUACUACUAUCAUUUGGUACAUGCCUUGGCCUGAAGAGGCUCUUCUUGAAGUCGCUAAUAAAUAUCUUAAGACUUUAACACUUCAAGACAAAAUCAAGGAAGUUCCUCUUAAGCAAGAGCCUACUCCUGUUCCAGUACCUGAAAAGAAAGAUGCUAAACCUGAUCCAAAGAAGAUUGCAGAAGAAGAAGCCAAAUUAGCUGAAGAGAAAAUAGAAGAAGAACGUAGAGAAGUUCUUAGAAAGGCAAUUGCUACAUUCUUUAGUUAAGCCCAUACUAAAGUUUUAUAAAUGGCUGAUGAUAUGUAUGCUACCUUAAAGAGAAUGUAUUAUGUAACUCCUACAAAUUAUAUCGAGUUAGUCAAGGGUUAUGUAGAAUUGCUUGAAUAGAAGUAGAAGGAAUAUGGUAAUGAAAUUACUAAGCUUAGACUUGGUCUCCAUAAGCUUGAUGAAGCUGGUGAGAGCUCAGAACUGUUGAAACAAUAAUUACAAAUAUCAUAAAUAUAAUUAUAAAAGAGUUAAAAGGAAGUAGAAGAUCUUAUGAUUAAGAUUGAAGGUGAAUCACGUGAUGUUAAUGAAAAGCAAAAGUAUGUUGAACAAAAAACUGUUCUUGUCGAAAAGGAAAAGGCUGAAAUUCUUCGUAUUUCCGCUGAUGCUGAAUAAGAUCUUCAAGCUGCUAUGCCAGCUCUUCGUAUGGCCGAAGAAGGUCUUGCAAAUCUCAAUAAAAAUAAAUUGGCAGAAGUAAAAUCAUUCACUUCACCUCCUGCAGGUAUUGAUGUUGUCAUGCAAGCUAUUAUGAUUUUGUUAUUGAAGGAUCCCUCUUGGGCUAGUGCAAAGAAAGAACUUGCUGCUCCUGAUUUCUUAUCUAAGUUAUAAAAUAUAGAAAAAGAUAAAAUCUCUUAAAAAACUUUACUUAAGAUUGAAAAGUUGACUCAUGACCCUAAGAUGAGUAUUGAAAAGAUUCAAUAAAUUUCCGAAGCCGGUGCGUCUAUGUGGCGUUGGGUUUUGGCUAUGGAAAUGUAUGCAAAAGCAUUCAAGGAUAUUGAACCAAAGAGAAUUAAAGUCAACUAAUUGAAAGAAAGAUUAGCUAAAUCAGAAGAAGAAUUACAAAAUUUGUAAGAUAACUUAUCGAAAUUACAAGAAAAGAUUAUGAUUUUGUAGAAAUAACUUGAAUAAGCUAAGACUGAUAAACAAAAUUUGGAAGAAUAAAAUAAGAUUCUUUAAGACAAGUAAGAAAGAGCUGAAAAGCUUAUCUCAGGUUUAGAGGGCACCAAGGAAGGUUGGAAAGAUAGAAAGAUUAUCUUUGAAUAAAAGUUUGAAUAUCUAAUUGGUGAUUCUCUUAUGUCAGCAGCAUUUAUGUCUUAUGCUGGUCCUUUCCCCUCUGAGUAUAGAAGAAUCUUCAUGAAGGAUGCUUUAUUAGCUUAAGUUAGAAACCUUAAAAUUUAGCACAGCAGAGAUUAUAAUUUCCCAGACUUCUUAGUCAAACCCAUUACAUUCUUAAAUUGGACAUUUAAGGGUCUUCCUGAUGAUUAGUUCUCUAAAGAAAACGCAGUACUUGUUACAAAAAGUAGUAGAUUCCCACUUAUGAUUGACCCACAAUAAUAAGCUAACACUUGGAUUAAAAACACAGAAAGAGAUUAAGAUAGAGAAAAAUUGUAGAUUAUUGAUCCUUAAACAGAAAACUACAUAACCUUGUUGGAGAGAGCUAUUUCAUGGGGUCAAGUAGUUAUUCUUUAAAACCUUGAUGAAGAAAUAGAUCCUGCUCUUGAACCCAUCUUGAAUAAAUCUUUGAAGAAAGUUACUGGUGGUAUUUUACUUUGUAUAGGUGCAGAUAAGGAAAUUAAGUAUAAUCCAGACUUCAGAUUCUAUAUGACAACUAAAUUGGCUAAUCCUAAAUACAAAGCUGAAGUAAGUACAAGAGUUACUUUAGUCAACUUUGCUGUCAAAGAAGAAGGUCUCCAAGAUCAAUUAAUUUCAGUUGUUAUCUAAAAAAUGGAAGCAAACCUUGAAAAGUAAAAGAAUGACCUAGUUCGUAAGAAAGCAGACAAUGAAUCAAAGCUAAAGGAUCUUGAUGAUAAGAUUCUUCGUAUGCUCUAAGAAACUAAAGGUUAACUUAUUGAUGAUUUAGAUCUUAUCAAGGCACUCUAAGUCGCCAAAGAAACAGAAGAAGAUGUUAGACAUUAAAUUGAAACUGGUGCUGCUUAAAUGACUAAGACCAUGAAUUUAAGAAAGAACUACGUAAGUUUGGCAACAACAGCAUCAAAGCUCUUCUUCGUUAUAAAUGAGUUUGGUCUUAUUAAUAAUAUGUAUUAGUUCUCUCUUGAGUCAUACAUUCAAUUGUUCUAGAGAACUAUUGAUAAUUACAUUAACAAAGGUGCAGCUGUUAACGAUUCCUUAAAUGAUAAACUUAACAGUAUAUCAGAAAAGCACAAAGAAGAAAUUUAUAAAUAUGCUUGCAGAGGUUUGUUUGAAAGUGACAAGCUUCUUCUUUCAAUCUAAAUGGCUGUAAGAUUAUCAACUGAUGUUAAUCUUGAAGAAUUCAAUUUCUUCUUGAGAGGUAGUGACACAGGAUAAGAUAGAAAGACUCAACCUCCUAAUCCCAAUCCAGACUGGAUUACUCAAUAAUCUUGGGAUACCAUUUGCGAUCUCGAUAAGAUGGCUAACUUUACAGGUAUUAUUGGUGCUUUCACUCAUAACUCUAAGGAAUGGAAACGUUGGUACAUGUCAUCCACUCCUGAAAGUGAUGCCUUACCUGGUGAAUGGGACACCAAGUGUGAUCACUUGCGUAAGCUAAUUAUUGUAAAGACUAUUCGUCCUGAUAGAGUUAUUUUCAGUGCUUCUCAAUUUGUUGAAAAUAAAAUUGGUCCCUAAUAUAUCACUGCUCCCUCUUUCACAUUUGAAACUGUUUAUGCUGAUUCAACUAAGACCUCACCUGUUAUCUUCAUUCUUUCUCCUGGUGUUGAUCCUUAUAACUAAUUGUAACAAUUCGCUGAUCAAAAGAACAUUUAGCUUGUUCCUGUAUCUCUCGGUUAAGGUCAAGCUCGUAAAGCUCGUGAAAAAGUUGCUGAAGGUUGCAAGAAUGGUUACUGGCUCUAUCUUGCUAACUGUCACUUAUCACUUAGUUUCCUUAAAGAUCUUGAAAAGAUUAUUGAAAAUCUUGAAUAGAAUAGAAGCGAUAUUCAUGAUAAUUUCAGACUUUGGUUAUCAUCUUCUCCUCAUCCUAAGUUCCCUAUUUCCAUUCUUCAAAAAUGUGUAAAAGUAACUACUGAGCCAUCUAAAGGUGUUAAAUCUAACAUGCUUCGUCUUUUUAAUAACAUGCCCUCUGACAAAUAUUAAGCUGUUAGACUUAACAAUAAAUCAUACUACAAAAAAUUAGUCUUCUCUCUCUGCUGGUUCCACAGUAUUAUUGUUGAGAGAAAACGUUUCAAAUAACUUGGUUGGAAUGUUAUUUAUGACUUUAAUGACUCAGAUUGGGAAACAUCUGAUAAUAUUUUGUAGAUGUACAUUGAUUAGUAAGUUCACACUGAUAAGUCUGCUCAAUAACAAAGCACUUAACCUGGCUCUGGUGAACAGUAAGUUUAGAACAAAUCUCCUCCUUGGGAUGCCAUUAAAUUCUUAAUUUCUGAUGUAACCUAUGGUGGUAGAGUUACCGAUGAUUGGGAUAGAAGACUGUUGAACGUCUACGCUAAUCAAUUCUUUAAUGAUAAAGUUAUUUUCGAUGAAAAAUAUAAACUCGGUGACCCUUCUUAACAAUUCUAUUUUGUCCCUGAAGAAUUAAACAUUAAGGACUUAAAGAACUUAGAAAAGACUGGCUCAGAACUUACUUAUUAUCGUGGUAAGAUUGAUGAAUUCCCACCAAUUGAGCGUCCAGAAACUUUCGGUUAGCAUAUUAAUGCAGAAAUUUCUUCAUAAAUUAUAUAAUCUAAUUCUUUGAUUGAAUCUAUUAUCUCACUCUCACCACAAAUAGCUUCUUCUGCUGGUGUUUCUAAAGAAAGCAAAGUUGCUAAUAUUAUCAAAGAACUCAUGGAAAAAUUACCUGAACUUAUAGAUGUUGAUGAAGUUAAAAGACAAACUAGUGCAUAUGAUGAAGGAAAUCCUUUGAGAGUUGUCCUAAAUCAAGAAAUAGAUCGUUACAAUAAAUUGCUAGUUUUCGUCAAACAGUCUCUUAUCAAUUUGGAUAAAGGUAUUCAAGGUAUUUAACUCAUUUCAGAAGAUCUUGAAAUCGUUCUUGAUAGUCUAUUUGAUGGCAGAGUUCCAUCCAGCUGGAAAUACUGCUAUUAUUCUCUCAAACCUCUUCAGUCAUGGAUUGAAGAUCUUAUCAAACGUAUUGACCAACUAAGAGUUUGGGGAGAAAAGAAUUAACAACCAAAUGUAUUUUGGAUUUCUGGUUUAUCAUUCCCUACAGGUUUCACUACAGCUCUUCUCUAACAAUCAGCAAGAAAGUUAAGAGUUCCUAUUGAUCAAUUUGGCUGGGACUUUAGUUUCCUUCCUUAUGAUACUCAUGUUAGCACUCCUGCUAAAGAAGGUGCAUAUAUUUCUGGUUUAUACCUUGAAGGUGCCAAAUGGGAUGGAGACAAAAAUUACAUUGUUGAUGCAGAACCUAUGAAACUUCACUAUUAAAUGCCUGUAAUUCUCUUUAAGCCAGUCUACUUUGAAGGAAAGUAAAAGCAAAAGAAGGGUGAAUCUAAAUAUGCAUGCCCUACUUAUAUUUAUCCUAACAGAACAGGUGUCAGAGAAAAACCUUCUUAUAUGUUUACUGUUAUGCUUCCAAUUAAACCUAACCCAUCUGCUCAAGGUAGCUCAGAUUAAGAUUUCUGGGUUAAGAGAGGUACAGCUCUUCUUAUGUCCUUAGCAGACUGA